AUGUCUACCUUGUUUCAUUCUGCCAAAACCUGUAACUACGUGGUACUACAUUGUGUGAAGGACUUCUUGUGGAACAAGUGCAAAAUUCUUGUCAUUGGCGCAGGUGGUUUAGGAUGCGAGAUACUCGCCAAUCUUGCUCUGACUGGGUUCAAGGACAUCCAUCUCAUCGACAUGGACACGAUGAUCAUGAUCGACAUCAGCAAUCUUAAUCGUCAAUUUUUAUUCAGACCUGCAGACGUUGGAAGACCGAAGGCCAUAGUUGCUGCAGAGCAUGUGAUGAAACGGGUGCCGGGAGUCAAGGUCACUUCGUACUACGGCAAGAUACAAGACAAGGGCGACGAUUAUUAUUUGCAAUCUAAUCUCGUCAUCUGUGGUCUAGAUUUUGUGGAAGCGUACGGUGAUACCGAAGGUUUCAAGGGGCAAGCUCGAGUCAUUCUUCCGACUAGAUCAUCAUGCUUUGAGUGUUCCCUUGAUAUUCUCAACAAGCCAACCACAUUUCCUAUCUGCACCAUCGCGAAUACGCCUCGUCUCCCUGAACACCGUAUAGAAUGGGCCUCUGUGCUUGAAUGGCCUCACACGCGCGGAGGUCAGUCUCGCUGGACGUCCCAUUGUUCUAAGAGAAACUCGAUACUGAUGAUCCUGAGCACAUCGGAUGGUUGUAUUCGAUUGCAACAGCAAUUCAAGAUUGAAGGCGUGACUGGGUCACUUACGCAGGGUGUUUUCAAGAAUGUCAUCCCUGCAAUCGCAUCAAAUAAUGCCAUUAUUGCCGCUUCAUCUUGCAAUGAGGCUUUCAAGAUUGCAACAAGUUCAGCGGCUUAUCUGAACAACUACUUCAUGCUCAUUGGGACUGAAGGAACAUAUUCGUACACCUUUGAGCAUGAAAAGCGCGAUCAUUGCCCUGUUUGCGGAGGUGAAGCCCUGGAGAUGUCCAUCAUGAUAAGUCGUGAUUGGACUGUCGAGCAACUCAUUGAACUUUUGACUGAGAAGCAGAACAUUCAGAUUAAGAAAGCGUCUCUCGCAACACCAGAAAAGCCAAUUUAUUUCCAUCAGCCACCUCAGCUGGAAGAAGCUACACGCCCGAACUUGGAGAAGAGAUUGCGUUCGGUCGUCCACGUCGCAAAAUCACGGUGCGCCAGUCCGAUCUAG